UUGUCUGGUUUUGGUCGCAAAUUAUCGCCAUCAGUCGUUCAGCAGAUUACCUGAAUACUUUAUUUUGGGGUGGGGGGGGCUUUUUUUUCUAUUUUUUUGUUUGCAGAGCAUGGGUAGGAGUGCAGACACAGCUUUGACGAAUCCCCUUGUGUCCACUGCCUGUGAAAAAUAGUCGACGACUGAAUAUCUUCGACAUGCCGUGGGCGGAGUCAGAGUCAUCUCCCUCCUCCAACGCAGACAGUCCUUUGAACGACCUGGAGGCGGGCACACAGACGCCCUCCUCCCUUCCGAGCUGGGAUGACCUCUCCAACUACACUCGAUCCAGCCUUCUCUGGCAUUCGCAACGGCUAGCGCCGCCUCUGCAGGAGUACCCGAACAACUGGUCUACCAGCUCUGGAAGCUGGUUGUCAAACCUGCCGAUCUUAAUCGUCCCAAGCUUUCUCCAAAAAUACGUGGGUGGCAGGCCGUCCCCAGACCACAAGCUACAUAAGAUUGCCGCUUUGGACGGGCUGCGCGGCUGGGCCUGUCUGCUCGUCUUCAACUUUCACUUUCUCUUCACCUACACAUGGAAGGUCGCGAUUGGAUGGGGGUUUGCAAAGGAGAAUUUCAGUAUCUUCCAAUUACCCAUCAUUCACCUCCUCACCUCCGGCCAUAUCAUGGUCGCUAUCUUCUUUGUCAUCUCCGGCUAUGUUCUGUCGUACAAGCCCCUGAAAACCAUCCGCAGCCGGUCCUGGGAUCAGACGUUUGUGGUCUUGGCCUCAUCCACCUUUCGUCGCGGAUUGCGUCUGUACAUCCCCUCGAUCAUCGGCAUUGCCAUUGUCAUGGCAGCGGUCCGUAUGGGGGUCUACAACUACUCCCACGUGGUCGUCAAUGAGGGUCAGACGAUACUCGGCACCAACGAACAGCACCCAAUCAUCCUGCCUACUUUCUAUAUGCAGCUCUGGGACUGGUAUCGCACAGUGGUUCAUCUCACAGACCCUUGGAACUGGGGGCUGUACUACAACUACUAUAAUCCUCAUCUGUGGACGAUCCCCGUCGAAUUCCGCUGCUCGAUCGUUCUGUUCCUCACAAUUCUCGCGACCUCCCGCCUGCGCAGCUCGGUGAGGAUAGGCCUUGUGGCCUGUCUACUCUGGUUCUGUGUUCGGUGGGGGCGCUGGGACGUCGUUCUCUUCCUCUCAGGCAUGUUAAUGGCAGAGGUUGAUCUCAUCCACGGUAUCUGGGAGAAUCCGGCACCGGCACCCACUACUGCAUCUUCAGUAGACUCUACACCAACAACCACUAAACCAUUCUGGAAUGAAAAAGCCCCCUCUCUCCCGAUUCAACUGCCCCCAGCCGUCCACCGUGCCAUCCGCGUGUGCCACCGCAACCGGUGGCUCGGUGUGUUUGUCACGGGUCUAUACAUCGGCUCAUCGCCCAACAACGGCUUCAAAUGGACACCCGGGUACAUCUGGCUAGCCCGGCUCACGCCCAAGACGUACCCGGAGCCACACCGCUUCCCACAGACCAUCGGGGCCGUCCUAAUCGUGUUGGCAAUCAACCGAUCCCCUGCCAUCCAGCGGCUCUUCACCAACCCGUUCUCGCAGUAUCUCGGCCGCAUCUCCUUCGCCUUCUACAUCGUUCACGGCCCUAUCCUGCACUCCCUGGGUUACUCCAUCAUGCCCUCCAUUUGGGCCGUUGUCGGCCGCCAGACAGACUUCCAGGCCGGCCUGGGGUUUCUCCUCGGCUGGCUCGUCUGCCUCCCCAUCUCCAUCUGCGUGGCCGAUCUCUUCUGGCGAGCUGUCGAUAUUCCCAGCGUGCGGUUUGCCCGCUGGCUGGAGGAGAAACUUGUCGUCCAGGCCGGGUGGACCAAUGACCUGCCGACUUCCAUGAAAGGGAAAAAAUAGAAAUACAAAUUGCCGUUGAUUUCGAAAAGGAGAAGAAGAAGAAGAAGGGAAAAAAGUCUACACGUGUAUUCAGCGUACUAUAAAACCAAGCUAAUGCAAUUCAUCAU